UGCCAAAAUAUUUUUGUUUACCCACUCUCUCUCUCUCUCUCAUUUCCAGAGAAGAUCCAGAAGAAGUACGGGGAGCUGAAGGGCGAGGUGAUCCUGGUGGACCUGCAGAAGGGAGCCAAUGGGCUGGGGAUCUCCCUGGCCGGCAACAGGGACCGCACCCUCAUGUCUGCCUUCGUCUGCGGCCUCAACCCCAGCGGGAAUGCCUUCAAGGAUGGCCGCAUCAAGGUCGGCGACGAGGUCCUGGAGGUCAACGGGAACGUCAUCUACGGACGCUGUCAUCUCAAUGCCUCCAGCAUAUUCAAGGGCAUCCCCGGCCCCAGUGUCAAGAUCAUCGUCCUUAGGAAGAAGACGGGUCUGCAGGAGAUGGCCAUCAGGCCCGUGACACAGUUCCCUGUCUCCCUGGAAGACGAGGUGAGUACACUGACAGUAAUUUUGUCCUGCCAAGAUGACUGACGAGCCG